AUCUCUAAUGCAGAAGUAAACAACGAUGGUUUGCGCGCUGGGCAUUGAGGGCAGCGCCAAUAAAAUUGGCGUUGGAAUUAUAAGCAAUGGCAAAGUAUUGGCAAAUGUGCGACGCACAUACAUUACACCGCCCGGGGAAGGUUUUCUGCCUAAGGAAACGGCCAAACAUCACCGCGGGGCGAUUUUGGGCCUUGUGCAAGCCAGUUUGAAGGAGGCACAAUUAAAACCGGCUGACUUGGAUGUUAUCUGCUAUACAAAGGGCCCCGGCAUGGCUCCUCCACUAUUAGUAGGUGCCAUUGUGGCACGCACUUUGUCGCUGCUUUGGCAGAAACCUUUGCUGGGCGUUAAUCAUUGCAUUGGCCACAUCGAAAUGGGUCGCCUGAUAACAGGUGCCCAGAAUCCAAUAGUGCUGUAUGUGAGUGGUGGCAAUACCCAAGUGAUUGCCUACUCCAAUAAACGAUAUCGCAUCUUUGGCGAAACCAUAGAUAUAGCCGUGGGCAACUGCUUGGAUCGGUUCGCUCGCAUUAUUAAACUCUCGAACGACCCAAGUCCGGGUUAUAACAUCGAGCAGCUGGCGAAGCAGGGCAAACAGUAUAUCAAAUUGCCUUAUGUGGUAAAGGGAAUGGACGUCAGUUUCUCUGGCAUUCUGUCACACAUCGAAGAGCUGGCAGAUCCAGGAAAAAGACGUAAUAAACGCAAGAAGCAACAAGAUGAACCCGAGCCAGAGUAUAGUCAAGCGGAUUUAUGUUACUCGCUGCAGGAAACGAUCUUCGCAAUGUUGGUGGAGAUAACAGAGCGAGCCAUGGCACACUGCGAAUCCAAUGAAGUGCUCAUAGUCGGCGGCGUUGGUUGCAAUGAGCGACUGCAGCAGAUGAUGGGUAUUAUGUGCGAGGAACGCAAUGGCAAGGUGUUCGCCAUUGACGAACGCUACUGCAUUGACAACGGCUUGAUGAUAGCUCACGCAGGCGCUGAGAUGUUUAAGGCCGGCGCCCAAAUGCCUCUGGAAGAUGCCUUUGUUACGCAACGCUAUCGCACGGAUGAAGUGCUGGUUAACUGGCGAACAGAUUAACUUAAAUACAGUUUACUUUUUCUUUAUUAAAAACUACCCGCGACAAUUGUACAAAGCGAU